UUCCGCCUGGGAGUGCCCAGCUCCAAGGAGCGUGAGCGUCAGGACGCCUGCCGUCGGCACGCUCCCUUCACAGCGCCUCCGGCUCGCCAGACUGGAUCGAAAGUUUGAUUGGCUGGCGACUGAGGUGGCUUCGGGCACUGUAUAGUCGCGGGACGCUGCCUCUGUGGAGCGGGGCGGGGCGCGUGGACUCCCUCACGGGCGGCCAGGACCCAAGCACGCGGCUCACCUUCUGGGUGCUUCAUUCGUCUGCGGAUGCCAUAGGCCAGGGAGGUGGUGCCACCGCGCGACGGCCUGGCGAGAUUGUGACGUCAAGCGCGUAGGGGCGCCGAUUGGCCGGGCGAUGUGGCGCGGACUGGCGCCGGCGAGGGCGAUUGGCUGCGUGGCCCGGGGGUGGGGCCAGUGGGCGGUGCGCCCCGCGGACAGCGCUCAUAGUUGGCGCGCUCGGGGGUCCGUGGUUGUCGGUGUCCGGAGGACGCUCAGUAUUAGUGUUCUAGGACAGAUCAGACAUUUUGUAAUGAUGCCUGAAAUAAACACUGACCACCUCGACAAGCAACAGGUUCAACUCCUGGCAGAGAUGUGUAUCCUUAUUGAUGAAAAUGACAAUAAAAUUGGGGCUGAGACCAAGAAGAAUUGUCACCUGAAUGAGAACAUUGACAAAGGAUUAUUGCAUCGAGCUUUUAGUGUCUUCUUAUUCAACACUGAAAAUAAGCUUCUGCUACAGCAAAGAUCAGAUGCUAAGAUUACCUUUCCAGGUUGUUUUACCAAUACUUGUUGUAGUCAUCCAUUAAGUAAUCCAGGCGAGCUUGAGGAAAAUGACGCCCUUGGAGUGAAGCGAGCAGCACAGAGGCGGCUGAAAGCUGAGCUAGGAAUUCCCUUGGAACAGGUUCCUCCAGAAGAAAUUAAUUAUUUAACACGAAUUUACUACAAAGCUCAGUCAGAUGGUAUCUGGGGUGAACAUGAAAUUGAUUACAUUUUGUUUGUGAGAAAGAAUGUAACUUUGAAUCCUGAUCCCAAUGAGAUUAAAAGUUAUUGUUAUGUGUCAAAGGAAGAACUAAAAGAACUUCUGAAAAAAGCGGCCAAUGGUGAAAUUAAGAUAACGCCAUGGUUUCAAAUUAUUGCAGAGACUUUUCUCUUUAAAUGGUGGGAUAACUUAAAUCAUUUGAAUCAGUUUGUUGACCAUGAAAAAAUACACAGAAUGUGAAUAUGUAGGUGAAUGGUUACUGAAAAACUUCUCUAUUUAACAAACUUAGAAUGACUUUUUCAGUUUAAAUUUAGUUCACUAUCAUCAGUGUAAUAUAUACACUGACACUUUAUAACUUGUGUAGAAAAAACUAACAAUUUGUAUCACACACCCUGGAUAUGUGUUCUGUUUCUAAAUGACAUUUGUGAGAGAUUAUUGUAAAAUGAGAGAGAUCAAAUAAAAAUUUAAUCUGUGUAGACACAUGCGUAUGGCAAAUUUGAACAAAUGAGUGAAGCCCUGUGUUUUUAGUAAGCUGUGAUAAACAUUUCUGGAGCACUUGCAGAGCACUUGCUAUUUGCCAGAUACUUUGUGUCGCUAAAUUUUUAUCAUAGUUCAGAAAAAUGUGCAAAAGAAACUAUUGCUUAGCUCCUUCAAAACAGUCCUAAUUAUCUUUCAUAUUAACAGAUCAAACUAGCAGGGCAGGUUCAAGGGAAAUUAAAUGAUGUGGACCCUAAUUUUUAUCAUUCUGAGUUGAUUGUGUGGUUUAUUCAUUCUGGAAAUAUGUUGAUACUUAAAGUCAGCCAUGGCUUUUGAUAAGUGACAUUGAUUAGGUUAAAUCUUCUUUUAAAUAGUAUUUGCCAGUUAGCAAAGUCUGUGUUCUCAGAAUUACAGUGGGCACAGAGGUGUUCAUAAAAUGGGAAUUGAGUCCCACUCAACAAAAGUUGUUUAAUCUUGACCUGUUGGCAUUUGGGCUGGAUAAAAUCUUUGUGGUAGGGGUCCAUCCUGUGCAUUAUAGGGCGGUGAGUAGCAUACCUGGACAGCACAGCAGAUGCUGUUGGCAUCCCUCUCUCAUGACACCCAGAAUUACUCCAGAUGUUGCCAGAUGCUCCUGGGGGCCAGAGUGAACACCCAGCUGAGAACCAUGGUCCUACAGAGUCAGGCGAUAUUGUAGAGAGAAACAAUGACAAAAGUCAGUGUUCAUGUUAAAUAGAUUUAGAUUAUGGAAUGUGUAUAAUAAUGUUAAAAAUUGUACCUUGAUCAAUGUACUUUUAUAAACUUGCCAUAGAUACCAAAUUUGAAAUCUCAAGACAGCUUUAUUAUUCUUAAAUGCUAUAUAAUAACAAAUGAAAAUUUA